AUGACGCAACCGCCACCAUCAACACCUACCCCUCGAAAAUUCCUCCUCACGAAGCGCCCGCCUCUGUCACAGAAGACACCAGGUAGCGCGGGUCCCGCGUUCGCCAACAGCCAGCGCUUCCACGCCACGCCGCGAUUUGCCCCACCAUCAACGAACCGCCCCUCGACGCAGCGGCCGCCCUCUACACCUGGUUUUCCUGGCUCGAUCCGGCCGUCGAGACAUGUCGAUCCAAUUCACGAUGCGUUGGAAAGCUCGCCGCCAGAGGGCCCUGCCACGGUGACGCGACCGCGAUCGACCUUUGCAGGCACGCAACGAGUGAAGGAGAGAAUCCAAAUCGAGUCGGACGACGAGAGCGACUCGCACGACGGAGAGAUACCUGCACCGCGGGCUACGGGCUUCUCAGUUAAUGACUCGAUUGAAGCAGAGUCCGAAGCGAGUAGUGACGUCCAGAGCGACCUGGAGGAAAGGGUGCCCAAGCGGAGGCGCAUCUCCGUCUCUUCAGUGCCCAGCCGGCACGAUGAUGCCGAAGAUCAUUUUGAAGGCAACCCGAAAGAAGAUGAUGAGGUUCACGAAGUUGCGCAAGAGGAAGAAGAGCUCCCAGACGCAAAUGACCGCAUGCUGGUUGACGCUGAGGACGUCCUGAUGGACGAAGACCCUGGUCUACCUGAACCAAACGACGGAGAAACCGCCAAGACUCAACCGAAGUUCCACCAGGCCCCGCGGUUCAAGAUCGCAGAAACUGAAGGUCCGCGACAGGAAGGAUUACCGGAGGCAUUCUCACCGCAACGCCGAGGCCCGAAGUACAUCGCCGGAGGACUCGCUGCUGAACUGCAGUCCUGGCUGGCAGAGGUUAAAGGCUGGGGCGGUGGUGACCGGCCCGCUGACCUGGUCAUGAGGAUUAUCAUUGAUGAGAUCUCGCCUGGAAGCAGAAUGUAUCUUGUCAAAGGGCGCAGGAUUGUCGACGGUGGGGAGAUGAGGGAGGAGAUCGCGGCCAGGCUAAUGCUGGCUGGGGAGGGGAGGCUCACCGGGCUAGGGCAGAAAGCGCCUGUGCUUGUUGGCAGUUGUGUUUCCAUCUCGCAACCUGCUUGGGAGGUUGUACUUGAGGACACGAGGUGGCUUGUGGCAUGUGAUUGGACCAUACACUAA